GUAUGAUGAGUAUUGAGAAUGAUAAUAUCAACACUGAUGAAAUGGCAGCAUUUAUUCCACGACCAUAUGUCAUUGGAGGCUAUAAUGGACAUUUUUAUUAUGGUGCAGGAUUACCAAUCAUUACAAGUCUACCAAAAUAG